AUGACGCCCACGGCUCCCAGUCCAUCUGGACGGUCUGCGGGCCAGGUUGUCGUACAUUUUGGUCCAGCAACCAGCCCCCCCGGAAAUAAGCGCAAACCUUGUUUAAAUUCAAAGCAAGGAAGAGUGAAGUUUCCGCUUUUGCUUUUUGCAACUUGUCUGGGAUUGCCGUGGUUGUCUGGGGGCAAAGUGAAGGCUGUAGAUAUUUGGGGCCGGGGCCUGGGCGCUUGUGGUACACAAAAGGAGCCCCGAUUUCUCGCUCCCGAUACUCUCUCCAGUUUCAAACGACACCACAUGUCCAAUGCCAAUGUCACUGCUACCACUGCGCCUAGUACUCGUAGCCAGGUACAAGCUUCGGAGGCACAUACAUAUAGUGGUGGGUUGACGCAGACGCAGCUCUCGUCGCAAAUAUCCACUCCUCUGGCUUCUUCCUUACCAUCUCCAUUGCCAGACACAGACACAGAGAGAUCGAUACAGACACCGAUACAGACACAACCGACACAGACAGGAUCUAGCUCCACGCAACAAGCGACAUCAGCGACACAAACGACACAAAGUACUCCAGCGACACAAACUACUCCAACUUCAGCUACACAGACACAAACACAAACACCCUCCAGCACAGACAUGAACGUUUCCGAGUCGUCCACUCUUUUGUCCUCAACCCAUGUUUCCUCACAGCUCUCUUCGGCUGCUCCGGUCAGCAGCAGUAUAGACACGUCUUCAGCGUCUUCAGCUUCUUCUGUGACGACUGCCACAACCUCGGAGGCACCAUCCACAACAUCUUCAGAGACGCCCACCACGUCCUCGGAGCCUCCCACCACGUCUUCCGAACUACCCACCACGUCCUCGGAGCCUCCCACCACGUCCUCGGAGCCGCCCACAACCUCUGAGAUACCCCCAACAUCGUCUCUGCCACCUACAACCAGCUCGGAGCCCCCCACCACGUCAUCUCUACUAGAAACAACUACAUCGCUCCCCCCUACUACUUCAUCGCUCCCCCCCACCACGUCUUCGUUCUUCCCCCCUACCACAACCUCGCUUUCGUCUUUCAUCUCCUCCACCUUUUCGACUUCCUUCUUGUCGUCAGUCGAGUCCUCUGCAUUGUUUGAUACCUCCAGUGAGCUUUCGACCACGUCGCUUGAACCCACCUCCGAGUCGUCCACGUUUGUGGCCCCCACAACCUCCUCGGUCGAACCCACAAGCUCGUUCGAGCCCACAACCUCCUCGUUCCAACCCACAAGCUCGUUCGAACCCACCACUUCUUCCUUCCCCCCUACAACCUUCUCUUCCUCUUUUAUUUCCUCCUCGGAGUCCUCCACCUCCAUUUUCAUUGCCCCGGUCACCUCGUCGACGUCGAGUACUUCGUCCUCGUCUAGCCCCAGCUCUAGCAGCACCCCGCCCAGCUCCAGCUCCUCUACUAGACAGUCGACCACAUCCAGUUCUACGACAUCCAAUAGUGGUACUAGCACAACUUCAUCGAGCUCUACAAGCAGCUCUUCCUCGAGCCCUACCAUCACAAGUUCGUCUACCAUGUCCUCAGCCGAUCCUACAGAUCUUUCAGUAAUAGAUACCAUUCAGACGUUCACUCAGACCGUCAACGGUGAGGUUAUAACCACCAUUGUGACUGGCAGAGCCACUGUGACCCCCACAGCUGCUAUUGCUCAGGCCACAGCUUCUUCCGAUGGUGGAGGCGGCGGCGGUCUGCAUGGAGGAAGCAAGACUGCCGUUGCUGUCGUUGUUCCCAUUGGAGGAGUGGCUCUCAUUUCUGCCGCGGCCUUUUACUUCUGGAAGAAGAAGUCGCGAAAGACCUUUGCCGACCAGCGACUCAGCACCUCGUCUCGAUCGCACUCCCCCUCAGACUCCUUCUCUAACACUCUGAGUACCACGCAGCUGGCUGGAGGAGCGGGCGUACCGCAGUACCGAGGCUGGGACAUGACCGGGGGCGGCAACGCUGCUGCUGCUGGCAACGGAGUCAAUGGCUCCAUCAACUCGGGCUCUGGUUCGGGCCUGGGUCUGGUUUCGGCUACUGGUGCUGGCGUGGCCUCUUCCGCCUCGUCUACCACUGCCGUGGGUCCCACUCGAACACAAUCGCGUGGGGCAGCCUCUCGAACGCACUCUCGAGCAGCCUCCUUGUCCAUGGGUCCCAUUGACGAGGAUCUGGAUGCCGACGGGGCUGCUGUGGGAGAUCCGUUCAAGUCUGCGGCCGACGAGGAGUACGAGCCUUCUCCUGAUACACAUGGUCUGAACAUGAAUACCAGUCAUGCUCGACGGCCGUCCAACUUUUCCAACUUUUCCAUGACCGGCGACUCACCUCCAGUCAGUCCGACCAUUGGAGGUAUUUCAGCCAACUUUUAG